GACUAUCGUACAAAAAAACCAAAACCUUAUUUUUCAGUACUGUUUCGCAAUAGGAAUGGCCAUAGCUUAAGACCUGUUGAAAAGGAUAGUUAUAUGACUAUUGCUACUCAAAUGCCCUUCCAACUUCUUGAAGAGAAAUUGGAUACUGUAAUUGCCAGAUAUGAGUUAACAUCCUAUGGGGAUGUUUUGAAUUUAGUUGUAAAAUAUGAAAACGAAGAGUUAGAGAAUGCUACCAUCAUAUUAAUAAUUGAUGGCAUGCAAAAUAUGAUUGAAACAUCUGAAAUAUUUUCUGAAGAAGCUGAAGAAAGGGCUAUGAAAGCUAAACUUUAUGUUAAGGAAUAG